AUGCUGAAGGCCACAUCGCCUCUUUUUGCAGUCUCCCUCCCAAACUGUGGGGUGGAGGAGCCGAACGGGAACGUCGUUGCUCAUGAUGAUGAUGACACGGCGACUCUUUUGGCGUCUGAUAACGGCAGCGACACGGGAACUUGCUCGACGCAGACGGCACUUCUCUCAGAUGGGGAUGAUGAGGAGGGCAGAGACGAUGCUCCACGUGUCUCCGAGGACGGUGCUGCGCACGAUGUGGAGGCGGCGCACUGCGGUGGAAGCCAGUCACCGCGACCUGUGACGAAUACUCUCAACAAGGCCCUUCGAACACCAGCCCCAUUUCAGGAGAUUUAUCUUGUCCGGAGCACAACGCCAUUGCAAGCACACAUGGCGGAAGGAGAGAGAACCGUCCCUGAAACAGUUGGUUUCCCGCAACUGUGCGUGUGCUGGGAACUGUGUGCCGGUGCAAAGAGCUUGGGUGCGGCGCAGCAGUUUUUGAUUCCAGCUAAAGGGGAAGUGUGGUGGGCUUCCGCGGGUGCGCCCCCACCGCCGGCGAGGCUCACGUGCGUAUAUCAAGUCGGGCGCAGUGAAAUUCCUGAAGCGCUCAGCGUUUUAAAAGUGCCCCAGUCCCGUUACUCGGUCUCUCGUAUGCACUGUGAGGUGCGGCUGCAUUUCUGCCUCACGCCGACCCCAAGCGCACACGAACAAAACGCCACCACACCAUGUGGCCCCGUUUACCGCUGGAAUUCCUUUGACGUCGCGGAUUGCUAUUCAUCCAAUGGAACGCUCUACCACGCAGUGAGAUUGUUACCAUCGCACCGUUACAGCUUUUCGGUUGAAAGCGGAGCUCGCCCUGUGGAGCUCAUGCUGGGUGAUCAUUAUCGGCUUAGCGUUCAAACGCACGAUACCUUCGCUACGGCGCCAGAGGAGCCUCCAACCCACCACUCUGACACCGCCAAACUUGUUGGAAGGGUCGAUGCGGAGGUUCAGUGGACGACAUCCCCGGUACGAGUGACAGCGCGCGCGCCGCCUCAGGUGCGGCAACAGACCAAAAAGUCCGUCGUCAUUACCAACUGCCGGCGCCCCGCACAACGGAGGAAACGAGUGGACUCUAAGGAAGACGUUGGACCAUUUAUUCGUCCUUGUUGCAGUGGCAUGGAAUCCGAGGCAGCCGCAGCGUUAACGAUUGUGACGACAGGAAUACGUCUCACUCCCGCAAAGCAGAAAAUACUUUCUGCUUUGGGCAUUCGAGCGAACCCUGCCAUGUCGGAGUUUAGCCGUGCGACGCUUCUUGUGAUUGAGGGCCCAUUGAUGCGGAGCGUGAAGCUCUUGACGGCGUUGCCAUACGUGCAGCACAUUGUGGACCGAGGCUGGCUAGAUGCCACUCUCGCGUUGGCACCGAAAGUGUCUUCAACGUCGUCAUCCCAGUUAAAAUUUUCUGAUCCGGUGUUAUUCCCGUACUCUGAGCGACGUACACGACGCAGUAUAGAAACCGCAAACGGCUUUUCGCUACAGGAGCUUAUUCAGGUUCCUGUUCGCCAGCGUCAGGCCCUUUUCGCUGGUCAGGUCUUCUGGGUACACCCCGCGGCAGAGCCUCAAGAUCCGCCUGACAAUGACCUCAACUACGUCAUUCUUGCCUCCGGUGGCACGCUUACGAAGAGUGCGAGCACUGCCACAGUUGCGGUGAUGCCGCAAGUGAAUGUGACAAGCUCAAUGUGGCGCCAAGCUUUGACCUGCCCGCAGGAACCGCUCUGCAUUUUUGUGGUUCCUAACGACAUCUUUUGUGCGGUGCUGCAGCAGCGCCGUCCGACGACGUCCACAGUAAGGUGCCCAGUUGGGGUUAGCGUCCUGCCACCAAGCUCGGCGGCUGCAAGGCCUCCAGAAAAACGUCGAACCUCGUUAUCACGCGACUCCACAAGGGCGUCAAAGUGGCGCUGCACAUGA